AUGAUGUUGUUUCCCGCUUUUCUAUUCUGUUUUAUUGCUUCAAAGCUGGCCAUAUGUUUCGCUUGUAUUCCUACACAAUAUGUUGAAGUUGAGGUUUUAGUUACGCCAACUACAACGUUAGCUCCGGGUAGGUGCCUUUUUGCCACGUCAUAGCUCACCAGCCUCCCUUUUUUUAGUCUGCUCAGUAUGCACAAGCAUCUACGAAAAAACCGACUGCCCCAUCGACCCACCCACCGGCUUCUACGAUUACUCCACCGACUACUGCUAUUCCGCAACCCAAGUAGGCGGUGUAGAAUUGACGCGCGGAAAACUACCGGAUGGUUACGGUGAUGAGAAUACUUGUUAUAUUGACGUGGCAUGUCCCUCACCAACCACCGCCGCUUAUACAAGACCCGAUGGUGUGACAACUACUUAUUCGGGAAAUCUGGUUGCGACAUGUUCGGAGUUGACUGGGGUUUGGCAGUUUAGGGAAGCUUCGAAUGAUCCAAUCACUAAUGCUGUUUGUAGAGGGUCAACUUAA